GAUUGACGGAGGGAGGCUAUUGUUGUCAGCCCGGUGGUUUGUUCACCGGAGAAUGCCCAGAGGAGCCGGAGCCGUGUUCCUGCACGGAUAGCGCAGAAAUACAGCCGAGAAACACGAUAUUGACAUGAAGAAAGACAUUGAGACUCUAAUAGCAGAGGAACGUGCUGACAUCAUCCUAAAAUAUGCUACGGGCAGGCAGGGCGGGGUGGAGAUCGACCCCUGGGAAGAUGCUGACUACAAUAUCUACAAAGUCAUGGACCGCUUCGGCUUCAUGCACGAGGACGAGCUGCCGGCCCCGACGGCACACGAGGAAAAGCGGAAGCAGCUGGAGAUAGAGAGAGCAGAGAAGUGGCUGAAGAUGGUGAAGAAGUGGGAUAAAUACAAGAGCAGCGACAGGAUGGUGAAGCGGGUGUACAAGGGCCUCCCCCUGCAGCUCAGAGGCCGGGCCUGGGCGCUGAUGCUGGACGUGGAGAGGACGAAGAGGGAGAACGAGGGCAAAUACGAGAAAAUGAAGGAGCAGGCUCGACUGUACUCGUCUGAGAUCAAGCAGAUAGACCUGGACAUCAACAGGACCUUUCGAAACCACGUCAUGUUUAUGGAUCGCUUCGGAGUCAAGCAACAGUCUCUUUUCCACGUUCUCUCUGCAUAUUCGGUCUACAACACAGAGGUGAGCUACUGCCAGGGGAUGAGUCAGAUCGCCGCCCUGCUGCUCAUGUACAUGAACGAGGAAGAUGCCUUCUGGGCCCUGUCGCAGCUGCUGACCAAUCAGAAACACGGCAUGCACGGAUUUUUUGUUCCCGGGUUCCCCAAACUCCAGCGGUUCCAGACACAUCAUGAUCAGAUUAUUUCCAAACUCAUCCCCAAACUGAAGAAACAUCUGGACAGAGAGCAGAUGUCUGCAGGGAUUUACAGCACUAAAUGGUUCCUGCAGUGUUUCAUUGACAGGACGCCGUUCACGCUGACCCUUCGCCUGUGGGACAUUUUCAUCCUGGAGGGAGAGAGGCUGCUCACCGCCAUGUCAUACACCAUCCUGAAGAUACACAAGAAGCGUCUGUUGAAGAUGUCUCUGGAGGAGCUCAGGGAGUUCCUGCAGGAGCGGAUCGCUCAGACCUUCUUCUACAGCGACGACGUGAUCGUCGAGCAGCUUCAGGCCUCCAUGACUGAACUGAGGAAGAUGAAGCUGGACCUUCCUCCUCCAGGGAAGCCUGAGGAGCUGCCUCGUAAGCCUCUGGGUCAGGAGCUGCCGGUGCUGUUGAGUCCAGUUCAGCCCUCCAGAGGGAAGCCAUCCUCAGCCAGCGGGUUCCCCAAAGCAGGCCUCAGCCUCCACAUCAUCUCCCACCAGCCUGACUCCAUAUCCCCAGACCAGAGCCCCUCCAAGGACCCCAGGGAUCUGGACGCCGUGGACGUGGAGGAGGCCCCGCUGCCUUCCCCAGACCCCAUCAUCAUCCACAGCCAGGCCCUGCUCACCCCAGACAGUUCCCCGCUGAUGGGGCCUCCGCCUUACCAGCCCCCAGGGAGUCCAGCAGUGGUCACAGCGGGUCACCCCUCGCCACCAGAUCAGGAUGAAAUGCGGUCACAGGUAGCGGACGCGGUCUCACCGGCCUCCACGGACGACUCCUCCGUGGCCACUCGCUCUGCCGUCGCCACCGACCAAUCCUCCUGCACGUUCCCGCGGACUCUCUCGGCUCCCGUAGCCCAGCCGGCCCCGCCGGCUCCGGGCUUGGCUCAGUCUGAGAGUCUCUCUGCAGCAGAGACGGCUGAGGACAGCUACGUGGUCCAGCUGCUGGAGCAGGCCUCAGCUGUGGCCACAAACAGGGACCUGAACCAGGACUCCAGUGAGGCGUCAGAAGAAACACAGGCCCCAGACACUUCCUGAAAUGAGCACCAGUUUCUUGACCAUGUUUCCUCUCCGUGUACUCUGGCUCUGAACAGGUUCUGUCAGGGUCGGGUUCAGGCAGGUGACCGUUAAACGACAGAAGUAUGAUUAUCAGUCAGAUUAUCAAUGUCGAGCAAUAAUUGCUUAAAAAUAUGUUCCCAGUUUCAGGACCAGUAUUCUUUUGGUAAUUGGAAAGUUUAGUAGAAUUCGUACAGGUGAGGCGACAGAGAGUGUGCGGUCCAGCUCUGCAGAUGUGCUGGUGUGUCGCUGUACAAGUUAAAGGCAGGUGGACUUGAUGUCUGGUCCCCCAGCAGGGUUUGUGUUUAUUUAGUGUCUCAGAAUCACUUUAAGGGGUCACACUGAAAGUUAAGAUAAGACUAAAAGCUUCCUCUGGGUCCGACUUCCUGUAAUGUUGGUGUGUGUGUGACAAAAUCUGGAAACUAUCACCUUGUUUUUAGCUGUAGGUUUUAAUUGUAUACAAAGGCUCUGUGUGCCACAAAUACACCUGAAAUCUGAGAACAGUAUUUACCAGGAAGCCAUUUCACACAGUAAACACUGACAAGCCUCUCUAAUGGUUUAAAAAUAAUCUAUAAUAAUCUAUAAUCUAUAAUAUAUUGGAAAUUUGACUCGGCCGUGUGAAAUUAGCCAAAUCAGCCCAAUCCAGUCACUGUGGUUUAUAAUACCUGCAUCAGUGUUGCAUCUUGUCUACACUGUGCAGUAUUAUACACAGCAAAGUGAUGGAACCCACGCUGAUUUCUGCUCAAACACCAUGUCUUCUCUGCAUCCUGCACAAGUUUGGCCACAAAAAUACUCACUUUUGUCAAAAUGAGCAGGUUAAACACCUGUGGAGCUCUCCUGAAUAUCAGCAGAGAUAUGAGGUCCUCAUUGAAGAACGGCGAUAAACGUUUUUACUCCUAGAAACAAAAGUAAGACCAUUUAUUGGUCUGAUUUCUUACUCUGAGACGCUCGAUAAAUAUGGACCCAGUUUGUCUUUGCAGCUUUUUCGAGUCUAAAAAAAAACAAAAAGAGAAAAAAAAGCACCCUGAUGACAUCAUGGUGAUGACAUCAUCAUGUCGUCUCACAUUCUUCUAACAGGAAGUCUGAGUUACAAACUGGGCGUGUGAAGUUUAAAAGACGUGGGCGUUUUCCAAGCACGGAGGGUCCAAUGAAAGAUUCUGUUGAGUUGCAUUAUGGGAAGUGUAGGAUCUUGUUUUUGGAGCUUGACCCAAAUCUUCAGACUAAAAUGUGAUCCUUCUGUAUGUAAUCUGUUUCUCACAAAGCCCCCAACAACAAGUGCAAACUAGAUGAAUGUGGUUUCAGUUGCAGAGAAAUUGCAGUUAUUGGUCAUCUUGUUACUUGAAGCGAAUCCAUUUCACGCUGGUGAAACCCCAACAUGUGCAGAGUAAACACACCUCGACGCCUGCAGCUGUGUGCCUGUGAAGAUUUCGCAGGUUAAUCCUUUCAAACACACUUCUCUCACUCGUCAGGCUGGAGGCUUGUUUGCAUUUUGAGAAAUUGUGAUCAUUUCUCAGAUUUGGGCGACAGGUGUCUCGUACAGGACUCUGGAGGAUUCGACAUCACAGCCACGCUGUUUCCUGUUGUUCCUGAAUGAGCUGGAAAGUCAGUUUGAUGGAGUUUUAUUGCAGAGAGAAGGAAUCUGAAGGCAUACAGACGUCUCUGAGGCAUCACCCUUUACAAUAAAAGACACAUUUUUGUAGUUUUGUAACGUUUCGUCAGAGAACAAAAUGUUGCUCGGUCAGCCUUUGUAAAAUGUUUGCUAGCAGAGUUACAGCUUUAUUUUUUGUACUAACGUCUUGAUGCCUUAUUUGGAUCAGCUUCAGUUCUUCUGUGGACGUUGUUGACGUUGAACCCUGCACAACAACAGAGGAAGUGAGGUCAUUUGACACAACACGAGGACAAAAAGCAACUUUCAGGUGUCGGACUGAACACGAAACCUGCGACAUGGUGAGCUGGCUCACUGUUAUGAUUGUACGCUUUCAAACCUGUUGAGCUCGUUUUAAGUACGUGGUUUUCUAGCUCAGUAAUUUAUUGUUUUGUCCUCUUCAGAAAGGCAUCCGGGUCAUUUAAAGCCGCUCUUGUGCUCAUCUGUUUGAGAACUGGAAUAUUUGCUGCAUUUCCAUUGAGCUCCUUGAACGGUGACAGUAGCCUGUGUUUAUUUAUCUCACAGAGGAGGAUCUGGAUUUAGAUGUGUCAGAUUUUGUUAACAUUGUGCUUAGAAAUGUACGGUAUUGUAGAACCAGUAUGUAGGUAAAAAGCAGUUUUCCCAUGUGAAGGUAGAAAAAGUUUCUUCAGCUCUGUGCUUAGAAAUAGUGAAAGCCUGACAUCUUGUGGUUGCUUUAGAUUCAGCAUGUCUCUCUCUGGAUUUAGCCCAGAAGAGAAGGAAUGUUGUAGAAAGAGUUUUGAACAUUAGAGAUCAAAUGACAACAAAUCAGAUUAGAAAUAUUUAAAGUCUUGCAAUUGAAUUAUUAUUUUGAAUGAUGUGAAUAUCUUUACUGUAUUUCAAUGCUAAAACUCAGAUAAUUGAAACAUGUUUUGAAUGAUUGUUCAUCGAGGUAGCCAGAGCUGAAUCAGUUCGCUGGUACUUCAGCAUCUUUAAAUGAGAUGAAGCUGCAGUAGUGUGACAGUGUGAACCACUUCAUGUCCGGCUGUAAAACGAAGCGUUGAAUUCUUGGCUACAGAUUUGUUGUACAUUGAAAUCUACAGCAGCUUUUGUCAGGAGAGAGUUUGAAGAAAUCCUGAAACAAUACAACUUUUA